AUGGCUGACAGUGAGCGAAAGGUCAUUAUUGGCGUAGACGUGGGAGGUACGAACACUGAUGCUGUGCUUGUCCAGGUCAACACCGUCCCGCCGAAAGUUGUGUCGUCUGCCAAAUGUAUAACUACAAGCGAUAUUACCACAGGAAUAAAACGCGCCGUGGCAACAUCUAUCCUGAACGCUCACCCUUCCAGUAGCAACCCUCUUGACAUUAUUCAAUUGAAUAUAGGGACCACGCAUUUUGUCAAUGCUAUAGUACAAAGGAAAAAUCUCGCAAGAGUUGCAGUCAUCCGACUUUGUGGACCGGCAUCGAAGUCUGUUCCUCCAUUUAGUGACUUCAACGACAAUCUGAGGGACUGUGUAAAUGGUGGAGUUUUCAUGGUAAAUGGUGGGUAUGAGUUUGACGGGAAAGUGAUAACUGAAGUUUUAAAAUCAGAGAUUGAAGAAAACGUUGCAUUGUGUGUGAGAAACAGAAUCAACAACUUCGUCGUUUGUGGAGUGUUCUCACCGAUAAAAACAGAUCAAGAAGAGACAGCGAAACAGAUAAUUCUCGAUGUGUGUCCUAAUGCUAGUAUUACACUCUCAAGUGAAAUCGGGCAGAUCGGUUUGUUGGAAAGAGAAAAUGCAUCCAUUCUGAAUGAAUGUCUGAAGCCUUUGAGUGCGAACACAAUAGAGGGUUUCCGAAUGGCAAUAUCUGACCUUGGUCUGAACUGUCCAUUUUUUCUUACACAAAAUGACGGCACAGUUGUCAGCGAGAAGGAUGCUCUACGCCAGCCCGUCCGAACUUUUGCGUCCGGACCCACAAACAGCAUGAGAGGAGCAGCAUUUCUGUCUAGAGUGAAGAAUGGCAUUGUUGUUGAUAUCGGUGGUACCACGACAGAUAUCGGCAUACUGCGGAAGGGAUUCCCUCGAGAAGCAUCCUCGGAAGUAAUGGUGGGCGGAAUCCGGACCAACUUCCGGAUGCCAGACAUUAAAAGUAUAGGUCUCGGAGGUGGCUCCUACGUUUCUGUCGACCCAGUAAGGGUCGGUCCGAGGAGCGCUGGAUAUAAUUUGAAAAAUGAGGCAAUUGUGUUCGGAACGAAAUCCGACAUGAAGGAUAGGCGACUAACGGCUACAGACGUGGCUGUUGCAGCCAAACUCUGCCAUAUCGGAUCACCGGGAAACGUGUCUCACAUUCAUCCGAUCCCGAUUAUCGAUAAAAUACGUGAGAUGGUGGAAGAAGUGAUCAAUCAGAUGAAAGUAUCGGGUGACGAUAUGCCCGUGAUAUUGGUCGGAGGUGGAACGAUAUUGCUAGGUCACAAAAAAGGCCUUCAUGGUGCAAGUGAAGUUUUCAAACCGGAUUAUCACAAUGUGGCAAAUGCUGUGGGUGCAGCCCUUAGCCAAGUGUCUGGGUCUGUCGAUAAGGUAUACUCUAUGUCGAACUUUCUAGACCAGGAGGAACUCUCUCAUGCCAUUCAAACCAAAAGAAAUGAAUUGGGCAUUAGCGCAUCAAAAGACGAAAUUGAAAAUGCAGAAAAAGAAAUCAGGAGGUCGUUUUAUGUAACCGCGAGGGAAAGGGCACUGGAAGAAGCUCAAGGCAUCGCGGUUGAUUUGGCGGUUGACGCGGGUGCAAGUCGAGCGGAUGUCGAGCUUGCUGAGAAAAAUGACACCCCGUUAUCAUAUCUCCCAGGCAAUGCUACAAGAAUACAGAUAAAAGUCGUUGGCGAUCUCAAUACAUUUUUCACAUCUGAAAAUAAAAUAUGCGACUUUGCUAUACCUACUUCAAUCGAAAAGGAAGACGUUCAUCUGCAAGAGAAACAGACUUCGACUGCAACUGGAGAAAUGAUUGACAGUGGGGACACCACAGAGAUAGAGCGUGAUCCAGAAAUCGAUUCAGCUACCGGUGAAUGGGUACUAUCUACAUGGGACGUGGAAUGCAUUGGACUGGGCGCUGGAAUUCUUGGGUGUGGUGGAGGUGGUAGCCCCUACCUCGGAAGACUUUUGGCGAAAAUGGCAAUACAAGAGGGGAAGAGAAUUCGUAUCAUCACGAAAGAAAAACUAUUGGAAAGAUGUCGAUCCGGCAUUGUUGUUCCUGUCGCUGCAAUGGGCGCUCCGCUGAUAACGACUGAGAAGCUGGCAUGUGGGGAAGUUGCAAAGUCACUUUCGUGCCUUCAACAACUGUAUAAAGAUGGUUAUCGCAAUGGUGAAAUGUCUUCUGAAUUCAACCAAGCAAUUGAGUCUGAAAGUGGCAUAACAUUCAUACAAAACUAUGAACCAAUCAACACAUCUACAGGCUCAAAAGCGGAUCUCGGCGACCAGGAAAUAGUAGCCUUAACAUCGGCUGAGGUCGGAGGACUUAACUGUAUAGAGCCGUUACUGGUAUCUGCAGAACUAGGAAUCCCAGUUUUGGAUGCUGAUGGUAUGGGACGGGCAUUCCCGGAACUUCAAAUGGACUGUUCUUUGAUAUAUGGUGUGAAGCCUUAUCCAGCAACACUUGCUGACGACAAAGGACGAAAAGAUGUGGUUUUGAAAGUUGAUGAUGCUAAAACACUGGAAGAUCACUUUCGUAGAAUUGUAGUAGAAAUGGGCUGUAGUGCUGGUGUUACUUUAUCCAGCAUUCGCGUAGAGGAUGAACUCGAUACCCUGAUCCACUACUCGAUAAGUUACGCCUGGAGAUUAGGCCGGGCCGUCCUACGGAGUCGUCGCGAUAAUACAUCGCCGACUGAAGCGAUACGAAACGUAACCAGUGGCUUUCUGACCAUCGUCGGCAAAAUCAGUGACGUCUGUAGAGAGACCACUGGUGGCUUUAAUAAAGGGAUGUUGAAGAUAGAUGGUACCGACAAUUUCUCUGACAAGAAAGGUCUCAUCGAGUUUCAGAAUGAAAACCUUAUUGCGAGGAUCGGUACUAAAUCAAGUCAAACGGACGAUACCACGGUCGUAUCAUGUGUACCAGAUCUUAUCACUGUUGUGGACAGUGAUACAGGCGAACCUAUUCCAACAGAGAACGUGCGCUACGGCCAACGAGUUACCGUUCUUACUAUUCCAUCACAUCAAAUGCUCAGGACGCCGCGCGCUUUAGCCUUCAUAGGUCCUCGUGCUUUCGGUUACAAAGAAAUAGAGUUCAGUCCCUGUGGACCUUGUCCGGAAAUUGAACCCGUUGGUCCGAGAUAA